ACAAACAACUCCGCUUUCCUCUCUCUCUCUCUCUACUUUCGACUUUCUCGGAAUAGCUCCGAUUCCUACCGCCCAAUGCAACAAAACUUUUCCAUUAAUCUCCAUUAAUCCCAAACCAGGAAAAUUCCGGCUGAAUUUCGCCGGAAACCACCGUACAUUCUCCACUCUCAUGCUUCCUAUUUCCAAUAAUCCGUCGUGGGAAUCCCUCCAACCCAACAAAAAAAACAAAACCCUAGACUCAGAUCGCAAGACCUACUUCAACUCCGUCCAACACCCUCGCAUAUGGCUCGUCGUCGCCAUUUUCUCUCUCCAGAUCUUCCUCCUCCUCAUGGCUCGCUCCCUCCCCGUCUCCCUCUCCAUCCCCCGUACCACCCAACAAUUCCCAUCUCCACUCACACCCAAGUUGAACCAGUCCCACCUCGACGACGAUUUCAAUAAAAGUUCCCGGCAUUUCUCUGCUCCGGGCACGCCCGCCGUCUCCGUUGGCGGCUUAAAUAAAUCUUCCCAGAAUUUCCCUGCUCCGGUCACUUCCACCGUCUCCGUUCUCCGCGAACCCGAAUGUGGGUCAGGUAAGGUCUACGUCUACGACCUCCCACCUUUCUUCAAUACCGAAUUCUUACAGAAAUGCGACGAUUUGAGUCCGUGGGGUUCGCGUUGCCACGCCUUUUCGAAUCAUGGGUUUGGCCGGAGAGCCACCGGACUCUCCGGAAUCGUGCCGGAUAAUCUGAUGCAUGCGUGGUACUGGACGGACCAGUUCGCGUCGGAGAUCUUAUACCAUAAUCGGAUAAUGAACUAUGAGUGUAGAACGUCGGACCCAGAAUCGGCUAAGGCGUUCUACAUACCGUUCUACGCCGGACUCGCGGUCGGGAAGUACCUCUGGUCGAAUUACAGCCCCAAGGAUCGUGAUCGUCACUGCGAGAUGAUGCUGAAGUGGGUUUACAAUCAGCCCUACUUCAACAGAUCGAACGGCUGGGAUCACUUCAUCACGAUGGGCCGCAUCACUUGGGACUUCCGACGGUCGAAAGAUAACGACUGGGGCUCCAGUUGUAUCCACCUGCCGUUGAUGAGGAACGUUACGCGCCUUCUGAUUGAAAGAAAUUCUUGGGACUACUUUGACGUCGGUGUACCCUACCCCACUGGAUUCCACCCCAGCACGGUCUCAGACGUUAUACAGUGGCAAAACUUCGUACGUACACGUAAACGUACCUCGCUAUACUGUUUCGCGGGCGCGACACGUGGCUUCAUAAAGAACGAUUUCAGGGGUCUUUUACUGAGUCAAUGUUACAACGACUCGGACUCGUGCCGGGUCGUGGACUGCGCCGGGUCUCGUUGCUCUAACGGCACGUCGGCGAUUCUCCAGAUGUUCCUGGAAUCGGAAUUCUGCCUGCAGCCGAGAGGUGAUAGCUUCACCCGCCGGUCCAUUUUCGAUUGCAUGGUGGGCGGUUCGAUCCCGGUGUUUUUCUGGAACCGGACGGCUUACUAUCAGUACGAGUGGUUCUUGCCGGGUGAACCGGAUAGCUACUCGGUUUUUAUAGACCAUAAUGAAGUAAGUAAUGGGACGGUGUCAAUAAAAGAUGUUCUGGAGACAUAUAGCAAGGAAAAAAUAAAGAGGAUGAGAGAGAAAGUGAUCGAAUAUAUACCAAAACUUGUGUAUGCAAAACCCAACAAGGGUUUGAAGGGUAUUAAAGAUGCAUUUGAUGUGGCUAUGGAUGGGGUUUUUAGGAGGAUAAAGGAGCAAGAGGAGAUUGGAUUUAAGUGGUGAUUCAAGAAAAGGCUGGUUCCUUGAAUGGAGUGAUGGUUGGCCUUGGUUGAUGAAGUUUAAUAAAUUUGGGCCACCAAUGAAUGAUGUCGGUAUUCAGAGCAACAAUAUACAAUGUGUUCUCUUUCCACGCCUGUAAUUACUACUUGGAGGAUGCUAUGAACAUUAUUAAUUAUUAUUAUUAUUAUUAUUAUU